AUGAACGAUAUCGGCGAUCUCCCCAACCUAACAACCAUUCACGCGAACAAUGACUUAUGUAUUGAAGAGAGCACCAACAUGAUCGUGGAUACUUUGCAGGCCUUGUUAUCACAGUUGAACGAUCGCGUCAAAGCACUCGCAGCCUGUGCUCAAUUUGAAAGCGCACUCAAUGACGCGACAAGAAUGCAAAUGCUUGCACCGUCGUCUUCUCUCGGAUAUCUUUGUUCGGGCUAUGUGUAUAUACAACAAGGACGCCAGCGAGCAGCUGUGGAUACGUAUGAUUGUGGGCUUAAAAGGGUGCCUCGUGCUGAUCUUGGAUAUCACGAACUGGUGCGUGCAAAGGCGUCUGCACAACAUGCAGCUAAUAUUCGACUUGACUUUAUCAGCAAACUGCCAUUGGAUAUCGUUGUCAACAAUAUCGUACCGAGAUUACAUGGAAAUCUUUGGGAGUACAUAAUGGUGUCUCAUUCCUGGCGUAAGCGUAUCAUAGCGUCCGACUGUAUUGGAUUCGACGUGGAUGGGUGUGCCUGUCGAUAUGGCCACGAUGCAUUGAUCCGCCACGGUUCCUAUAUCAAGUCAUUAACACUGUUGGAUUGCUGCACUCAUGCAUCAAUGGGUGAUCUUUUACCACCUGAUGCCAGCUUUGAAUCUCUCAAGCAAUUGAAAGUCUUACAAACCAAAUCCCAUCUUAAUGAUACGUCACGAAUAGAUUCACAAUCAUUUAUUACAGCAUUGAAUACAUCCAUUGGCAAUCAUCUCACCCACAUCACCAUCCAGCAAAGAGGCGACCCACCAAUUCACUUGAACAAUAUCUUACAAAGUUGUCCCUAUCUCAUCUCGAUUCAUGCAUCCUACUUGGAUAUAACAGAUCCUCCAAGGGAAGAAUACCCAAAUGUCAUCGAUAUGGUGUUGGAUCAUACUUUUCCAGAGAUUACACCCACCCAUCUAUCAACAAUCUUGGUUCAUUUGGGAUCAUUGCAGUCACUUGCCAUCUCUCCCUGCACCGACUCAGACGCAUUGGAAUCAAUACAACGGUGGUGUCCUUCGUUAAGGAGACUUGAAUGCUGCUGCUCUGGAACAUGUUCUAGCAUUGGUAUACCAAGGAAUCAACUGGCCCAUAGUAAUUCAAAAGGACUCAAGGAUCUGCAUAUUGAUAGCUCUGGUGUGAAGAUAUACAACGUGGAACAUGUGAUAUCAUUUCUGACGCCGCAUAUGAAGACGCUCGAAUCAUUGACGUUCAAAGGUGUUUUGGAUGGUGUGAAUCAUGAGGAAUUGGAUAACAGCAUACAGCAAUUCACACGCCUUCGCAAGCUCUCAUUCACUGCUUAUGAGCCCUACGUCGUUCCAUUUUGUACGUGGGUGAUUCGACAUGCCCCUUUUUUGAAAUCAGUCCAUCUUGAGCUGUCAGCUGCGACCCACGGUGCCAUCUUUGACGCUUUAUCGGAACGCAUUUACCUUGAGGAGCUAAAUUUGGGAAUACCAGAUGGCAUCCAUGAUCAAUUUGCUUUACGGCAGAUGCUGUGUCGUCAUGCACGAUUAGAACAUCGAUCCCACCUUGAAAAGUUUGCUAUCUACUUUGAGCAUCCAAUGAACACUCAACCCUGGAUCUUUUCGCUUGCCUAUUUACCACGCUUACGUUCCUUAUCUUUGAAAUCCUUGGAUGGUGUAAUUCACGAAAACUUUUCUGCGUUUCUCGAGCAACUCGUGGGCAUCUGCACAAACUUGGAAGAUUUAUUAUUGGAGGGACAAGCCAUGGACGACUAUCAACUAUUCCUCUUGCACAAUCUCAAGAAACUUAAGCGUCUGGAUUUAUCAAAGGUGGUUACCAGUUCAUCGUCAUCUCUUUUGUGCUUGCUUGCAUGUCCUCGUUUAACGUAUUUGGAGGUACCCGAGGAUGUUGACUCUAAGGUCUUGCGUCAAUUGAAGUAUAAGAUCGAUAAUGUGAAUUAUGGUCAGGGAGCAUCUAUAGCUAGCUAG